AUGAUUAUUUUAUUCAAAAAAGUUUUUAUUUAUCCUGUGUGUCCGGUGUGUGGUUGUGAGGAUGAGUCAGCUUGCCAUCUUUUCAUCAACUGUCGGUUUGCGCAAGAUUGUUGGAGGUCAGCAGGUAUAGCGUUUGUGAGUUAUGCAGGUACAAAAGUUGUGGACUGGGUCAAGUCUUGGCUGGUUGUAGCUGAUAAGGAGUCUGCCUGUGUUAUUUCAAUGGUUUGUUGGCACAUCUGGUCCAACAGAAACAGUAUUGUUUGGUCUGAGAAGCGGUUGGAGGUGUUGGACGUGCUUAAUAUGGCGGGGUGUCAGCUCACUGCGUGGAGAAAGGCAAGAGAAUCUAAUCCAGCUAAGGAUAAUGUUAACUUGGUGCGAGAGGAUGGUAGAUUAAAGUGGGUGAGGCCGGCCGAAGGUGUGUUGAAGGUAAACGUUGAUGCUUCUUGCAGAAAUGAUGGCAGGUCGAUAGGAGUUGGGAUAACAGUGAGAAAUAGCUCAGGUGUGCUGGUUCAAGCUCGGGCUGUUAAUUUUCUGGGGAAUCAUGAUCCAAGGGUGGCUAAGAUAAUGGGUAUACGUGAGGCUUUGAGCUGGGUGAAAACCGAUCAGCGGGUGGUGGUUGAAUCCGAUGCGAUGGAGGUGGUGUUGGCUAUUAGGAAUUCUGGUGUAGCAGAGACGGAUCUGUUGGUGCUCGAUUGUGUUGAAUUAGCGAAACAGUUUAUUAAUUUGCGUUUUGUUUUUGUAAGGCGAUCUGCGAAUCAGCCUGCGCAUGUAUUAGCGCAAUUUGCCCGUUCCUUGUCAGGUCAUCAGGAUUGGUUUAACCACUAUCCUGGAUUUCUUACAGCUGUUGUCGCUAUGGAUUUGAUUUAA